AUGGUGGUGUCCUCUGCCUUCUUGUCGAGUCUCCUUUUAGCUCCAUGUCUUGCCAUAGCUCAAUCAUCCACUACUGCCUCUCCAGCCUCGUCGACGACAGCUUUUGCAUCCCAAUUCACACUUCCAGCCAGUGUUGAUGAAGGGGCUCCACUUCUGCCCACUGUGAACGACCCGACUGCUCCAGAUGCUCAGGUGAAAUGUCCUGGAUAUUCAGCGAGUAGCGUGAGGACAUCAUCCUCGGGGUUGACUGCGCGUUUGACAUUGGCUGGCACCGCUUGCAAUGUGUUUGGAACAGAUGUGCAGGACCUGGAUCUAAGGGUUGAGUACCAAACCAAUUCCCGACUGCACAUCAAUAUUCGGCCAUCUCAUGUCACAGCGCAAAAUGAGAGCUGGUAUCUUCUCUCCACAGAGUAUGUCCCGGCUCCCAGCCAAGAGAGUGGCCAGACGACGACAAGCGAUCUGACGUUCUCAUGGGCCAAUACUCCUGGCAGCGGAUUUGGUUUCAACGUCACUCGGAACAGUACCGGCGAAGUUCUCUUCUCGACCAGCGGGACCAAGUUGGUGUUUGAGAACCAAUUCAUUGAGCUGGUCACGCAUCAAGAGGAGAACUACAACCUUUACGGAUUAGGGGAAGUCAUUCACGGCUUGAGACUGGGCAACAAUCUUACUCGCACCAUCUACGCUGCAGACGUGGGAGACCCGAUAGAUUACAACUUAUAUGGCAGUCACCCUUUCUAUCUGCAAACCAGGUAUUUUGAGGUUGGGGACGACAACAGCACCACUCUGGUGACCGAGCAGCUUGACCCCAGCAAUGCAACGGGCAACUACACGUCCUCGACUCAUGGAGUUUACUUCCGGAAUGCACACGGAAUGGAGGUUUUGAUGCGUCCCACAAACGUCACCUGGAGGACGCUGGGAGGUAGCAUCGAUCUGUACUUCUUCUCCGGACCCACACAGCCUGACGUGACCCAUCAAUACCUUGACGUGAUCGGCAUGCCAGCCUUGCAGAGCUACUGGGGCUUCGGCUUCCACCAAUGUCGCUGGGGUUAUCAGAACUGGUCUGUCACGGAGGACGUGGUCAACAACUACGAGCGAUUUGGUAUACCACUCGAGGUCAUCUGGAAUGAUAUCGACUACAUGAAUCAAUACCGCGACUUUGACAAUGACCCGAUCCGGUUCAAUUAUUCGGCUGGAACAGCCUUCCUCCAACGCCUGCACGACAGGGGCCAGCAUUACAUUCCUAUCAUUGAUAGUGCAAUCUACGUUCCGAGUCCGGACAAUGCCAGCGACGCAUAUCAAACGUUCAAUGAUGGGAAUGAGACUGGCUCGUUCCUGCUCAACCCCGAUGGAUCCCUCUACAUUGGCGCCGUAUGGCCUGGUUUCACCGUCUUUCCAGAUUGGCUGACCACGGCGGCCCACGCGUGGUGGAAGAAUGAAAUGGUAACCUGGCAUCAGAAAUUGCCCUUUGAUGGUGCUUGGAUCGACAUGAACGAAGUCUCGUCUUUCUGUGUGGGCAGCUGUGGCAGUGGAAACCUCUCUUUGAAUCCGGUCCAUCCGCCGUUCGCUCUUCCUGGAGAGCCAGGCAAUGUGAUCUAUGACUACCCAGAGGGGUUCAACCUUACCAAUGCAACCGAAGCGGCUUCGGCUUCAUCGGCAUCGCAGUCCCAGGCAGAGGCUACAGUCACCGCCUCGAGCACAACAGCCAGUGUAUUGACCUCGUCGUCGUCGACCAGUUACCUCCGGACCACACCUACACCAAGCCAACGCAAUGUCAACCACCCACCCUACGUGAUCAACAACGUGCAAGGAGACCUUGCCGUCCAUGCCGUCUCCCCGAAUGCAACUCACCACAACGGGAUCCUAGAAUACGAUGUGCACAACAUCUGGGGGCAUCAGAUUCUGCAAGCCACCUAUGCUGCCUUGUUGGCAGCAAUCCCCGGCAAGAGGCCAUUCAUAAUUGGCCGCUCAACAUUCCCGAGCUCCGGCACCUUGGCAGGUCACUGGGGCGGCGACAACUCGGCCAAGUUCUACUACAUGUACUUCUCCAUCCCACAGGCGCUGAGCUUUUCUCUCUUUGGCAUCCCCAUGUUCGGCGUCGACACGUGCGGCUUCAACGGCAACAGUGACGAGGAGUUGUGCAACCGGUGGAUGCAGUUGAGCGCGCUGUUCCCCUUCUACCGCAAUCACAACACACUCUCGGCAAAUCCUCAAGAAGCAUACGUCUGGAGCAGCGUGAUUGACGCGACCAAGGCCGCCAUGAACGUCCGCUUCCAGCUCCUGCCAUAUUUGUACACCUUGUUCUACAAUGCCCAUACUCAAGGCGAUACCGUGAUGCGUGCGUUGGCCUGGGAAUUCCCCAACGACCCAUCUCUCGCGGACGCAGACCGGCAGUUCGUUUUGGGCCCAUCGAUCCUCGUCACUCCAGUACUCACGCAGGGCGCAACGACCGUGGACGGCGUGUUCCCCGGGCUUGUCGAGGGCACAGACGUCUAUUAUGACUGGUACAACCAGACACCCGUCAGCGUGCCUUCCACCAAGAACACCACCAUUGCGGCCCCGCUGGGCCAUCUACCGGUCUACAUCCGCGGCGGAGCCGUGCUGGCCACACAGCAGAUGGCGAUGACCACCCGCGCGGCGCGCAACACAAGCUGGUCGCUGAUCGUGGCGCCCGGCGUCGACGGUACAGCUUCGGGGUCACUGUACCUCGAUGACGGAGAGUCGUUGGCGCCCAAUGCCACGAAAAUCGUCACCUUCGCUGCCGAAAUGGGGUCUUUGAACGUCACCGUCCACGGGAACUAUACGGGCUUGGAUCUGCCGUUGGCGAACAUCACCAUCAUGGGAGUCCCUCGUGCUCCGCCGGAUAAUCUCGUUCGGAUCAACGGGCAGCCUGUGGCCAAUAGUACCUACAAUGCGACUAGCAUGACUUUGUUCAUUGGUGGGUUGGAGCCCGUUCUGGGCGGCAAGAUCUGGAGUGCCAACUGGUCCUUGUCGUAG